AUGGGGGUGGACAAUGAAACAUUCAUCACCGAGUUUGUUCUUCUGGGUUUUCCGGAACUUCAUGAAAUAAGGAUUAUGUUUUUCACUCUUGUACUUCUGAUGUACUUCAUUUCAGUCUCAGGCAACUGUUUAAUCAUCACAGUGGUCUUUCUGGAACCCAAACUCCACAUGCCCAUGUAUUUCUUCCUCACCAACUUUUCAAUGGCUGAGCUCUGGAGCACCACAGUGGUAGUACCAAAGAUGCUGACCAACCUAGUUUUGGACCAAAAGACCAUCUGCUUCACAUGCUGCAUGGCACAAGCUUACGUUGCCUUUUCUAUGGGAGCCAUACAGUUCUUCAAUCUCACCGUCAUGUCUUUUGACCGUUACAUAGCCAUUUGCAAACCCUUUCUAUAUAAUACCAUGAUGACAAAUGGACUUUGUUUGUACCUUUCGUUGCUGACUUGGUUCAGUGGGUUUACAAUUAACUUUUUCCAGGGUAUUGUUGUUUGGACUUAUCCAUAUUGUGGAGACAAUGUCAUUGACCACUUCUUCUGUGAUAUUGGGCCUAUCUUGAAAUUAGCUUGUGCUGACACAACAUUGUUUGAGCUUAUAGGUGCCUUUUAUGGGGCCCUCGUCAUGUGGGGUUCAUUUCUCUUUACACUAGUUUCUUAUGUAUGCAUUAUAACCACUAUUGUUCAGAUCCCAUCUGUCAGUGGACGGUCAAAAGCCUUUUCCACUUGCUCUUCUCAUCUCACUAUUGUUGGCAUCCUCUACGGGGCAUCAUUUUUUAUGUACUUGAGACCUUCAACCCAAGGUGACACCCGGGUCAACAAAAUGAUGUACCUCAUGAUCAUAGCUUUUUUGCCCAUGAUGAGCCCUUUUAUCUUCACAAUCAGGAACAAAGAGUUCAAAGUUGCUGCCAAUAAAGUAUUGAGUACAUCAGGCCAUAUCUCUCCAUUUGCAUUCCUGAAAGUAAUGAAGCAGCGGAUGCCCAUUAAAAAAUGUCCUCCAUGCUCUCAAACACUGUGA